UUUUAGUCCAAAAUUCGUAAGAAAAUCCCCAAAUGAGCGAUAAAGACGACGAUGACAUCGAAUGUUGUGGCUCUGGAUGUACUAAUUGUGUCCUCGAUCGCGACCUUGGCACACGAACGAUACCGAAAGAAGGUUGCUGGAACGUGAUAACAACAAAUUACUCAACAUUCCGACUUGCGAGCAUCGAAAAAUGUACAUUUAAUACUUACCUGUUGACUUUUCGAUGGGAUGACGAGCGUCUCGUGAGGAAUUUUGAAGAAAAAUCUCCAAUUUUAAGCAUUUCUGGAGGAAGUCACUUGAUGUUACGAGCUCCAAAGGACUUUUCUGAAGGAAAUUUUAAUGAAAUUUUCGAAAAUUUUCAUGAAAAUUCCUUAAAAACGUCAAAAAAUGAAAAUUUUCAAAGGAAAAUUGUGGAAAAACACGACAAAACGGAAGAAGACGUCUUCAUAAGUCGUCCUUACACUCCAAUUCUCGUCGAUGAAGUUACUUGCUCCUUCUCAAUCCUCGUAAAAUUAGAGCCUCAUGGUCUGAUGUCGACUUACAUCCAAAAAUUACACGUCGGAGCACUUACAGAAUGGAAAGGAACAUACAACAAUCUCCCACAGACGUCCAUUAAAGCAGCUGAUCGCAUAAUUUGCUUCAGUCAUGGAGUGUCAAUCGCGCCUUUUUACUCCUUGGCACAAGAACUUACCGCUGACGAGUCAUUCGAAGGUGCCAUAGAACUUUUUGCGUGUUUCAAAGACAUGAAAAACAUUUUGUUACGUGACAAGUUAAUCGAGUUGAAUGGUUAUUGGAAUUUUAAGAGCACAAUUGUGCUGUCGCGAGAACGUCAUACGAGUGAAAAUUGCAAAAAAGGCUGUUUUUGUACGGGAAGUCAUCAAAAAUUCAAUGAAAAAUUGAUUUUUGGGAGAUUAAAUGAAGAGUUUUUGAAAGAAAAUGUAAAAAUUUGCCAAAAUGAGAAAACUGUGAUAUUAAUUUGUGGCUCAGAAGACUUUGUAAAGUCGAUUUUUAAUGCCUUUGAUCCACAAAAUGGGUUGGAAAUACAUAUUUUAUGACAAAAAAAUAAA